AUGUCUCAACUUUUUUACGUGCAGGAGACUAACUACGCGUCGAAGAAAGACGGCUCGAGGUUUCUUCUAUUCGACUCCGGUGUGCAAGAUCAGAACCGCUUCCUUAUUUUCUGCAGUCCGCAGAUGAUUUCAGUUCUUCAAACAUCCAAGAAAUGGUUUGCCGACGGUACAUUCAAGGUUGCACCAGAACUCUUCUUUCAAGUCUACAGCCUACAUUGUGAAGUUGGCGGAUCUGUUCUGCCCGCGGCUUAUAUGCUGCUAACCCGUAAAAACGGUCGUACGCACACGCGAGCUCUGAGCGCCCUUAUUAGCGAGUGUGGAGGGGUCUGCGAGCCAAGUACCAUAAUAGUGGACUACGAACUUGCAGCCAUUAACGCCUUCAAGACGGUCUUGCCAACAUCCGACGCCCGCAUCAUACCUGCUCUUUCCAUGGUACCCCGGAGUGAUGUGGAGAAUAUCUUCACCGAACUGGCGUCCAGCGUACACUCAGCUCUGCAACCAGAGAUGGAUUACUUUGAAGAUACCUUCAUAGGACGGCCAACGGCUGGGGGAAGGCGAGACGCACAGUUUCCAGUGGGACUCUGGAAUCACCAUGACACCGUGCUCCAGUGCGACUCCAAGACCACCAACUCGGUGGAAGCAUGGCACAGGGGCUUCCAGGCUCAUGUGCAGUGCUCUCACCCGUCUCUUUGGAGGUUCCUGGAGGUUCUACAAAGGGAGGACUGCAUGCAACUUCACCGGCUCACACAACUUGAGAUGGGGCAGCGAUUCAAGCCGGCAACAAAGUAUGUGAAGGUUUCCGAGCGCCUGCAGACACUCGCUAGAGAGUAUGACCGCAACCAUGGUCUUCGAUUUCUCAGAGGCGUUGCUCUUAACGUAUCCUUCUAA